UAUAGGUGUAAAGAUUGAAUCUUUAUAACAUAAAAAUAUUUGUAUACCCUUUAUUUGAUUUUAAAAAAAUGGGAUUACAAGGCAGUCAAUCGAAAAAUCACCAACAACGUGAAAGUUCAUGUAGUUGAUAGUCAAUCAAUUGUGCUACUAAGAUUUCAUUUUGCUUGUUGGGUAUAUUUUUGUUUUUUCGAUUUUCCACGUGGUUGUCGUAGGAUUAAGGUAUGCGAGCACUCUACCUUUCCACUUGGUAGGAUUACAUGGGUAUGUUGUUGUUGUUAGAUAUUCCACCUGGUGUCUGGUAUCGGCAUUGAAGCAAGCAGGGGCGGACCCAUAUGGAGUCAACUGGGUGCUCGAGCACCAUUAACCUUGUUUCGGGAUAUAUAUAUAUUUAUUUAGAGAUUAAGAAGUAUCUGUAUAAAAUUAACAAAGAGCACUUAAUGAACAAAUGAUUUGCCUGGUCCAUUGGCUCUUGGGUGGGUGCUUAAGGCUCUUUUAGUGUUGUUGAGCCUGAGUUCGAACAAUUAAAAAGUGUUCCCUAAUAAAAUGACUUCAUACUUAGAGCUCGAAACCUAGACAUCUGCGUAACUAUGAAGGAGUACUUACUAUUGCAUUAGAAUCCUUGUUGGUCUGAUUGGUUAUAUGAAUGUUGUUGUAUAUUAAUGAUUUGAAUAGUGAUGUCACAAUAAAGGUUGAAUCUUUAUAAGAAUACAAAUUUGUUUAUGUUUCAUUUUGCUAAUUGGGUAUAUGAAUGUUCUCUUAUAUUAAUGGUUUAAAUAGUUGUGUUACAAUAAAGCUUGAAUAUUUUUAAGAUAAAGAUUGUGUAUAUAUACUUCAUUUUGCUUGUUAAGUAUAUGAAUGCUAUGGUAUCUUAAUGGUUUUACUCGUAUUAUCACAAUAACAAUGCCUCAAUUCCAAACAAGUUAUUCGUAGUGCAGGUCCCAAGUAGAGAUAAAGGAGGAAGGUUAUGGUAUAACUAGCAAUUUCAUGAUGAAUCCUAACAAAACAAUCCGUAGAAGAGGUGCAGCUGAUGUCCAAGGAAACGGAGAAAACAAGAAACAACAUGAAGUCAAGAAGGAACAGGACGAGAAAAAAGAGGAAGAUAUCAGCAACAACAACAGUAGAGACGAUCAGUACUCAUCAUCGUCAUCACCAAGAGGAGUUUUAGAGACUACCAGAUUGGGUUCGUCGGAUUUAGACAAUAGCAGCAUUAGCAGCAGUGAUGAUAGGAGCAGCAGUUUUGCAUCAUCACCUUCAGGGGAAUUAAAUCAAGGUGUUUAUUGGAAAAAUAUUUUUGAUCAAAUAAAAAGAAGGUCAAUGAGAAGAUUGUCAAGUAUACCAAUAUUAGGAUAUGAGAUGAUUUUACCAAAAAAUAUAAGAAGGAUUUUGUCCAAGAAUAGAAGUGCUGAAGAAGAGGCUAAUGAUUCUGAUGAUAUUCCUAAGCCUUCUUGGAGGAAUUUUAGCUAUGGGGAACUUGUUGAAGCAACCGAUAAUUUCAGUCCAGGUACAUACAUCCAUACUUCAUAAUUUUUUACGAGUUUA